AAUUUCAAUCUGCGCAUGCGUAGUUGCUCAGCUGAUUGCACGUAUAGACACAAGUCACAGUGAAAUAAUAAGUAAUACAACUUUGACUACUCACAUACCGUUGCGGGGAAACUAAAUUCUGUACAUUUAGUAGAGUCAUUAAUCUUUCUUUUACCUAAUUCACAUUUAGUUAUUUUUUAUUUGAAUGAAUUUUAUAUCUAUAUAAUCAUGUCAACCCUCAACCCACAAUAUGACACUCUUGCUAAAACAUUUGUUCAACAGUUCUAUGGAGUUUUCGAUGAUGCAGCAAGGCGUGCAACUCUGGCCUCCUUUUAUAAUGAAGAGAGAUCAAUGAUGACAUUUGAGGGAGAACAGUUUUUUGGUUGCUCAAAAAUUAUGCAAAAAAUUCAAAGCCUGACCUUCCAGAAGAUUGCACACAGUAUAACCGCUGUUGAUGCUCAGCCUAUGUUUGAUGGUGGAAUUUUAAUAUCAGUUUUAGGUCAACUAAAGACUGAUGAUGACCCUCCCCACAGUUUCAAUCAAGUGUUUGUGUUGAAGCCCCAAGAGACAGGAAGCUUUUAUGUGGCCCACGAUGCUUUCAGGCUAUCACUUCAUUCUCUCUAAUGUUAUGUAUUGCAAAUUAUUCCAAUUAUUAAAUAACCUUUUAUUGCUUUGAAA